AUGCGAGCCCUGCUCCACCAAAACUACGACGCGCAGCGUCAGCCAGAAACCGGCCAACAAUGGCAGAAAAACGAGAAGACAAAAUUAGAGCUGCGAGCGAGUAUGGCGACGGGGUUUCCUAGUUCAGGGGCUCAAUUAUCGGAAAAGGGGGUUUUGGCACUGUCUAUUAGCCACGCUCAAAAACCCCAAUUCCAAGCCGAGGUCUCCCUUUCCGGCUCGAUUCAGAAGAAGAGGGAAAUCCUCGGAAAUCUCGUCGGAUGCCCCGACAUAAUCAGGUGCUUCGACGAGGAGACGACUGUGGGCGCCAACGGCGCCAUCGUUUACAACCUACUGCUGGAGUAUGGCGCCGCCGGAACCCUAGCCGGCAGGAUCAGAGAAUCCAAUGGCGGCAGAGGAAGGCUGUGA